GAUUCGAUAAAGCGAAAGUAGAUCUAUGCAGGCUAUUGUGGUUAGAGUCUGAGAAGUUUUCCUCCGAUAUUCCUACAGUUUGUGAUGUUAUAAAUUUGAUCUUAUUUGAUCCAGUUGAACGUUUUAAUUAAGAAUUAAUGUUAUUCAAGUUCCAAGUAACACGUCGAUUUAUAAACUCAUUGCAAUAGGUGUUGCAAUAUAUUUCGUCAGGUUUAUGUUUGGAAUAUUCCAGAAUACGUGAUACAACAUAUAAAACUGUAUAUUACCGUUCAUUCUAACAAGACAUUGAAGGGUACAGUGUUUUAGGAUAAACUCUCAAAAGGUGUGAAUGUUUUGUUUUCUUGGACAAAAUACAGAAAACUAAAGAAUCAAUAAUCGCCAGUCGAUCAAAAUAUUUAUCCUGGAUAGAAGGAUUAUCACUCCGUGUGAAUCUUGUACGAAAACAACGAAAUGUCCGCCAAGAUUACUCCAACACAAUGUAUGUAUCACGGAAACCGGGUUCAGUUCGCAGUGCUGACGAAAGAAUUAAGGAAGAACAGAGUUAUCCCUAAGCAAUACCUCACACGUCUCGCGUCUGCCGUCUGCUCAUGCAGAAGACAUAAGACAAGCAGUCUUCAUCGUAUGACAGAAGAAGACUUGCUUCAUGUAACCAAACACCUUGAAGAGGUGGAACUCCCAAAAAUGACUCCAAAUUUGAGAAGUUACCUUCAUAAUGUAAUCGAACAAACUUUUUCUUUGGAGCAAUACUGCGAGACAAAACUGCUUUAUAUUGUAUACAGAGCUUUGAUGGACAGUUCGUAUGAUGAACUGACGUAUAAUGCCAUAAACAGGAACAAAGUAUUCAAGCCUGAAGAAAAAAAGCCAGAAAGAAUGACUAAGAAACAGUUUGACUGCAUGAAAAAUAGGAAAUUGAAAAAAGAUAGCAACCUAACACGUCUUGUACUUCCUAUGUUUGCUAGAAAUAUAAAGAAAUUCAAAGAAUCUCCUGGAUAUAAACAAGUCAGAGAUGACUUUGCUCCUGACGGGUUAUUUGUUUUCUUUUGUGAUGAUGAAAACUCAAACUUUAUAGUUUCCAACCAGAAACAGACGGCCGUGAAGGUAUAUUUGAGGGACAAUAAGAAUUUCCCAGUUGUUAAAGCCAAGAUGAUUGAAGUAGCCAAUGAGCUGCAGGAAUCAGAGGACCUCAGGCACAGAAGUUAUAAAAGGCAUGCUCGCCCCAAGUACUGGAGCACUGACGAUUUUGAAGAUGAUGUUGGAACUAUUACUGAUGUCGCAUUAAAAGUCAAAGAAUCAUCAAAAGCAGAAUUUAAAAAGAAGAGGACUAACAAAAAAAAGCCCAAGAAAGCGUCUGUUUUGUCCGGUGGUCACUGCCUGCAAUGCUUAGCUCCCUUUGUCGACAUACAUGCCACCGACAGAGUGUGCAGGCACCAUCCGGGCUUUAUAGUACAUCCGGAACUAGUUUGGUCUUGUUGUGAUGCUAAAAGUGAAGAGUCUAGUGCGGAUUACAUGAUGCACCAGAGAACGGGGUGCAGAACAUCCCAACACAACUGGCGGCCCUGUAAGAAGCAUCAGUCAAAGCCGGGGAAAAAUCUGGUUUAUGAGAGUGAUUUCAACAUAUAAACCUUUUAAGUAUUCCUUGAACCAAUGUUUUACUUUUGUAGUUGUAUUUGUUUACAUUAAACGGUUUUAUACAUGUGUAUCAAUAGUUAAUGACAGUAACAAAAUGUGCAUUCUGUGAGUGUGUGUUUUCUUUACUUUAAAAAUGUUAUAUAAACAAUGCAAUGUAAAAUUCUACUUUUACAAUGAUAACUCAGCUUUCAAGUUAUGUGUACAUAUUGUGAACAAGUACUAGUAAACGUUGCAUUUUA